AUGGCAGAGCAGCUCUGCCCGGGUCUGCCCCCCAGCCUUGCACCCCUGAACCCUCAAACCCACCCCAGGGACAAGUGGAGCAAAAAGAUGGAUUUCCUCCUCUCGGUCAUCGGAUUUGCCGUCGAUCUGGGCAACGUCUGGCGGUUCCCUUACAUCUGCUACCAGAAUGGAGGGGGAGCCUUCCUCAUCCCCUACACGCUGAUGGCUGUUUUUGGAGGGGUGCCCCUCUUCUACAUGGAGCUGGCCCUGGGGCAGUUCCACAGGACAGGAGCCAUCCCCAUCUGGAAGCGCAUCUGCCCCAUCUUUAAAGGUAUCGGAUUUGCCAUCUGCAUCAUUGGCCUCUACGUCUCCUUCUACUACAACACCAUCAUUGCCUGGGCUCUCUACUACUUCUACUCGUCCUUCUCGGGCACCCUGCCCUGGGCGAGCUGCGACAACCCCUGGAACACCCCUGACUGCACCAACUACUUCGGCAGGAGCAACGUCACCUGGACCAACUUCUCCAGGUCCCCUGCCGAGGAGUUUUACACGAGGAAGGUCCUGGAGAUCCAUAAAUCCAGGGGUCUGUACGACAUAGGAGGGAUCCACUGGCAGCUGCUCCUCUGCCUCUUCCUCAUCUUUGCCAUUGUCUACUUCAGCCUGUGGAAAGGGGUGAAAACCUCUGGGAAGGUGGUUUGGGUGACGGCCACCCUGCCCUACGUCGUCCUCCUCAUCCUACUGAUCCGGGGGGCCACCCUGCCCGGCGCCUGGAGGGGAGUCGUCUUCUACCUGCGCCCGGACUGGGGCAAACUCCUGAGCACCGCGGUUUGGGUUGAUGCUGCUGCACAGAUUUUCUUCUCCUUGGGUCCUGGAUUUGGAGUACUCCUUGCCCUGGCCAGUUACAACCAUUUCCACAACAACUGCUACCGGGAUGCUCUCAUCACCAGUGCAGUGAACUGCCUCACCAGCUUCCUCUCGGGCUUUGUCAUCUUCACCGUGCUGGGCUACAUGGCUGAGAUGAGGGACGUGGAGGUGGAGGAUGUAGCCAGAGAUAAAGGGCCGAGCCUCCUUUUCAUCACCUACCCUGAAGCAAUUGCCAACAUGGUGGGAUCCACCUUCUUUGCCAUCAUCUUCUUCCUGAUGAUGAUUACACUGGGGCUGGACAGCACAUUUGGGGGCCUGGAGGCCGUGAUCACGGCCGUGAUGGAUGAGUAUCCCCAGCUCCUGGCCGGGCGACGGGAGCUCUUUGUCCUCGGCCUCAUCACAGUCUCUUUCCUGGGCUCCCUGAGCACCCUCACCUAUGGGGGAGCCUACGUGGUGAAGCUGCUGGAGGAGUUCGGUGCCGGCUGCUCCAUCCUGGCAGUGGUGCUCCUGGAAACCAUAGCUGUGUCCUGGUUUUACGGGAUACAGAGGUUCUCCCACGAUGUCAAAGCCAUGCUGGGCUUCACCCCAGGGCUGUUCUGGAAGCUGUGCUGGGUUGCUGUCAGCCCUGCCUUGCUAGCAUUCAUAGUCAUCAGCUCCCUCCUGGACCAGCCACCCCUGACCCUCUUUGACUACCAGUACCCUGAGUGGAGCACCUCAUUGGGACACCUCAUUGGAGCAUCGUCCUUCAUCUGCAUCCCCUUCUACAUGGUGUACAAGCUCGUCUGGACACCGGGGUCUCUCAAGCAGCGCCUCGCCGUCUGCAUCCGGCCGGAGAAGACCACGCGAGCCCCCCGGGCAGAGGUGGUGGGCUUGGCACCCAUCCUGUAGAGC